CAAGAUGUUUUCAAACUGGGAAGUCGCGCUUGCCCCCUGGAGCUCUUGUCCAACGAUGAUUUUGGCCAAGGUAAGUGAAAGAACGGAAGGCUAAGCCACCAAUUUUGCUCCAUGCUGCGAUUUCUGGCUUCAUCCACUACAUUACGAUUCAACUCUACAUUCUUCCCUGACACCAGCAAUCCAUAUUCUCCCGCCGUCUUCGCACCAUGAACUGGACAGAGGGGGCCCUGGCUCGACAUUCUCGAGGGAAGGGCUGGAAACCGGAAGUCGCCAAACAGAAACAAUACUUCGCAAAGGCUCGUUCCGGAUUUCAUGGUCCUCCCAAGCCCGGUCUCGAUUCUAUUUCCUUUCUCUCUCAACAGGCCAAUCCUUCGGCAUAUCCUGUGAAGCGCCUCCCGACAGUCCCGUCACAGAAUUCGCCGCACUUCCUGCAGCACCAGCAUUUCCAGCACAGCCAGCAUUUCCAGCACAGCCAGCACAAUGUUCCUCGGGAGCGCCAGUACGUGCGGAAAGAACCCAUGUUUGCAGUAGAUCAGGGCAUUCUACAAGAACCUGGUUCGCGGCAUACUGCCAAGAAACGAAAGCUUCCCGACAAUGAGCCAGAGCUCUUGGAUGCGAAGAGGCACCGCUUGCUACAAAAGGGCGAUUGGGCUGGGAUCAAUGUCCAAAAGUCGCUGCCUCUCCAUUUCUCAGGCGCCAGCAGCGCAGAUAGUCGCCAAAUUUGGGGCUUUCGCAACAAGCACCCCGCGGGGCAAUCUGCCCCCUUCUGGGAGCAAAAUGGGAAUAGAGGGAGACCGCUACAAGGCAAAGCUAUAAGCUGCAUCAGCACGCAAGACGGAGACAGAGACGUCAGGAUUCGAAUCGGCAGUGAAGAUAUUCGGUACGACAGAGGAAGUCAGACCACGGGGCAAAGCUCUCGGAACCGUCCUCUCCGAACUGCGACCAACUCGAAAAACUUGCGGCAGUCGGAAUACUUCGGGCAAUCCUCGUCUCAAAACUAUGCGCAGAACUAUGGUCCUCCAGGAUUGCACGGCUAUAGAGCUCUGCCAGCUUCCAGAAGGGAAUCUUCAACACAGCGACAGCAUGGACAGAGUGCUGCGUGCCGCGGAAACCCUCCGAGCUCCUCAAGGUCAUCCAAGUCACAUAGGCAUCUGACCCGACUUGAGCGUUUACAAAAGGAAGGUCGAUCAUUGCUUGUUGAAUCAUCUCCUUCUAGGGUACAUCAUCCUGUGCCUCGACGACUGAGCCAGCUUGUCCUGCUUGAGAGAUCAGGGAAACCAGCGUCCGAAACAUUCGGGAGUACCAUUGGUCAAGUCGGUCGCAACCCAGUGCAAGAAGUUGCGCCACCGGAAUGGAGUGAGAAUGAGCGAUGGCAUAAGAUGAUGGAGUCUUAUGAGGACCAACCCAAAAGUCCAGUCGAGCAAUAUCCCGGUGGAAGUCGCAAAUUCGUCGAGAUCAGUCCCGGAGUCAGCAACAUCCUUAAAUUCAGCAGCUCGGUAGCUCAAGGUCCAAGAUUCGACUACCCUCCGAUGAGCACAUCUUCGGGCUCUCAUAGUGAUAACACGGCGCCAGACAACUUGCAAACUGGUCACUCCAGCAGCUUUGGCACGCCAAGACAACAUGAUGGCCAACCAGGAAAUGUUGCAGAGAGAAUGCAGUCCUCGUCACCUCUGCUACCAAUCAGAUCAUCCACUCUAUCAGCUGGUCGAGCAAAAGAUGAUCUUGACAGCGAUAAGGAAGGUUCCCCUCGGAACACAUGCCUGGCGCGUACAGAAGCAUGCUCAGAUCAUGGCCAUGACACGGAGCCUCGACAGCUACCGUCAAUGUUCGAGUCGGAUAGCGAGGAGGAAACGACUCUUAACAAGCGAGAGCCAAAUGAGCAAAGCAUUGGACCUGCCGACGAAGAACACGAGGAUGUCGAAAAUCCGAUCUUCCUACAUGCAGGUGCUGAACAUACUGCACCGGUGCCAAGCUCAGGAAAGGUAGAUUUGGAUACGGAGUGGAUGAGCUUCAUAUUCGGCGAAGAUGUCGACGACGAUGAAGGCGUUGCCUUCCAAGAAUCGCUCAAGGAAGCUGCACGAGACUUACGACCAUCAAGCAGUUUAGUUAGCGACCACUACCAAACUUCUGUGGCUCCCAUCUCGGACCUUGACUCCAAAGAACUCGCAACACACGAAAUGCACCAACACCAAGAUGAGGAUGCUAUAAUUCCGUCAUCGCCAAGAUAUUCUCCAAAAGCCAGACAGACAGACAUGACUAUCCGCAGAGAUCUUGUAGACUGUACACCAGAGUACAGCCACUACCAAACCACUGACACAGAUAUUGCAGGCUCUAUCAUAGCAGAAGAUUCGGACUCUGUCAAACUACAAGCCGGAACAGAGUCUCUAGCAUCUGAAGUUGCUCCAACACUGAUUAUGGACUCUAUGUCGAUGAUUGCACAACCAUCUGACUCUGAGUUGAGCGAAAACGUGGGUCAGAGGUUUGCCAAGCCAAAAACCUUUGUUGGGAGACUAGCUAGCUUGUCAAGCCGAGACCCUGGACCGGGUUUGCCCCUGAACGUACACAACGUUUCCAAGAAAAGGGGUAGGCCCAAGGACAGAUCGAGAAAGAAGAAGGCCAAGGAUGGACGUGCCAAUAUCCGAGGGCUACCUGAUUAUGACGGCGAUCCAAUUGAAGGCGGAUCAGAUGAGUAGUACAGGACGAUUACUCGCAUUUUGGGGGAAGGUUGCUACCUGCAUUCACAUCACACACAGCAUGGCUGAAUUUUGGAAUGGGUCUGUUGUGGCAUCCUUUUGACAUUCGUGGG